CACCGAAAGAGCAAAGAUGCUCUGUGAUCUCUCAAGGCUACAAUGAUUGCAGGUUUCUUCUUUCUGCUGUUACUUGUGGCUGAAAAUGCAUCCAGUUCAGAGCUACAGGAUAAUCAACAGAUGCCCAUUAUCAGAGAUAAAGAAAUGGAGGUGGAGAAACGCUGUAAUUUUCAGACUAUUGUACACCACCUGAAUCUGAAAAACGACAGUCUUAAGUACACCAUGAGCCGGCCCAUCAUAAACAACAGUCAUCAUACAGAUGUAUCACUUGAAAUGAAACUUUAUGCCAUCAUAGAUGUGAAAGAAAUUGACCAGACCUUAAUAUCUUACAUUUGGGUUUAUUUGGAAUGGAAAAAUCAGUAUGUUAAGUGGGAACCAGAACAAUUCUGUGGAAUUACAGAUAUAACAGUUCCUACUGCAUAUUUGUGGAUGCCAGAUAUAACCAUUGUAGAGAUGACAGAGAAGGACAAAGCCUCUCCAAGUCCUUUUCUCUGCAUCAACCACAAUGGUACAAUCGAAUACAGGAAUGAUCAGGUGGUGGUAAGCACCUGCAAUUUGCAUGUGUACAAAUUCCCCUUUGACAUUCAGAGAUGCAACAUAUCCUUCAAGUCUACUGUGUACUCUGAUGCGGAAAUAAAGUUGCAGCCCGACCACAGCAAUGAAACAGUUGCAGGGUGGUCUCAGGAGUUCAAGCAGUUGCAGUACGAGUGGCUGUUUAUCAACAUGUCAGUCACCAAAAAAACUGUCCAGGAGUUUGACUUCAAUCAAAUGGUGGUUGUGUACACUAUUACCAUGAGGAGGCGGUCUGUCCUCUACAUUGCCAGUUUCAUUUUGCCAGUCUUCUUCUUCUUGGUUUUGGACUUGGCUUCCUUCCUGAUAUCAGACAGUGGGAGUGGGAAACUAGGCUUCAAGGUCACUAUCCUGCUCGCUAUCACAGUACUGCAGCUUCUUCUCAAUAAGAUUCUGCCCAGCUCUUCAGACUAUAUUCCACUUAUAGCAAUCUACUGCAUUGGGGGGUUUACUCUGUUACUGCUCAGCCUCCUGGAGACAAUUUUGGUGAUGUUUCUGAUUGAGAAAGAUUCUGCAGCCCAAGAAAACAAGACAGAUGGAGACCAAAGCCUGGCUGAGACCUGUGGGGACAAACAGAACAAACCCAACCUCCACAGCUGUUUUAGAGACAUGAAGAGUUGCAGACACUCUGCCUCUGUCUAUGAGGUAUCUGCUGAUGAAACACCAUCUGUGUCUCUGUCUGAGUCAUCUGUGACCCAAAAGGGUAGCAGCAGUAAACUGACGGAGGUGCCCUUUGCUCCAGAAAAAGGCUCGGACGAGCUGCAGACUGGGAAAACAAUGGCUCUGCUCAGCAGCAAAAGGAAGUCUGGCUACUGGAGCAGAAUAGUUAAAACAAUCAACAAGGUUUUUGCCAUCUUUUAUUUGACAGCAUUCGCUGUGUUUUUAGCAAUGAUGGUUUCAAUGUGGAGCAGUACUGAAAACUAGUAGGGCUAAAGUUAAAAAACAA